GAUUGUCGUUAGAUUCCAUUCUACGCAAUUCCGUGCCUUUUCAUGUUGAGAGUAGGAGGGUGCGUGACAUUUCGUGUAACCUAACCUACGUUCUUGCGCGAAGACGUAAUUUCGCUUAAAGACGCGUUUUCGAAAGAGAGAGAUUCGUGUUUGAUAUUUCCUCCUCAAAGGCGAAAAUAAGGAAUACAUAUAUCUGCAUAUUUAUAUUUUUUUGAUAAAAAAAUCUUUCGAACAAGUAACGAACAAUAAAGCAGGAAUUACUUGAGAUCGACACAAGAAGCUUUACCAAGAUGACAGAAGUAUUUAUCAGCCGAGUUAUCGACCUUUUGGACAAGUGUAAAACUACAGAAGCUAUACAGGUUUUGAAAGAGGAUCACUUGAUGACUGAAAAUAGCUUAUGCGGCAUCAUGUCUGCCAUCGUUCCGAAUCUUACGAGCUCUGUGUUACAACAUCACAAAGCGAUGUUCGAUUGCUGUUUAAAUGUAUUGACGUUUUUAACUGAGAAUUGCGAGCCUACAAUAGCCAUCAUAGAGUUCCCAAGAUAUUUAAAGCGGGCGAGUGACCAUGUAAAUUUCUGUACCAUUUUGGGUGCAAUGCAGACUUGUUUAAUGCUGGUACGAAAUAAGAGUAAAACCAUCGAUUGGUAUUUUGAUGCAAUCAAGAUGUACCUUGAGGAUCUACCACUGCCAGAUGAAGCCGAUGAUCCAGAAGCAGCUAAUGACAGAAUUGUAAAUACAUAUAAGGCAAUCAUAGUGUUUCUAGAACCAUUGGUACAAGAGGCAAUAGAUAUCAAUUCUAAACAGGAAAAAGGAUCUCUACUUGGAAAUCGUCUCUUGAGUUUUUUUAUUUUCCUGUGUGGGAAACCUUUUUGCUGUUUGAACAAAUACAUCAGUGAAGAAAUAACAUAUAAAGAAAUCGCGGAUAACAUAGUAACACAAACACUUUACCUCACUGGAGAUAUAUUAUAUUUUUUAGAUAUUGUUAGCAAACGUCAAAGAGAAUCUACUCAUGUUAAAACAUUACGCAAAUAUCUAAAAACAAAUAUUGAAUCUUCUUUUUGUUCUACAAUCUUAGAUUGGAGUCAAAACAUAUCUAAUAUGGCUUAUGCUAAUUUUUAUUUUUACAUAAUUACUCAAGAAAAUUAUUGGAUAAAUGUACCACAAAUAUAUAAUUCUUAUUAUAUCCUUGAAACAUGUGCAUAUUUUUUCAAAAUACUGCUUAGCGAAGAUUAUUCAAUCUCCACUGGAUUAAUUUUUAUGGAAAGUGUUAUAAAACGCAUUUCACUUCGCUCCUUAGAUUCUGAGGUGUUGAGCCUGGAAAUAUAUACAGAAUUGUUUCAAUCAAUCGCUAAAGUGAUGAUUUACUCUAAUAGUGAUGAGCAACGGAAGAAGGCAGUACGCAUUUUUCAAAACUAUAUUGAGAUAUUUAACAUGCAAGCUAGAUAUAUUAUUAUCUUGUAUUUAUAUGAGAAUAUCGAACAUUCUGGCCUAUUAAGCUUUAUCACUGGCAUAUUUAAAUCUUCUAUCAUCGAAUGUCUCGAUUCAACUCCACGAAAUCCCCAAUUUCUUGGAAAAAAUAUGGAAUUGUUAUUGAAAAAGAUUUGCAAUCUAUCUCAUGGAAGUUCGUCUGAUGUGGUGGAAAUAUCAGACGAAAUCAUUACUGCGCUGAACUUGCUGAGAUUUUUGUUUAUCAGAGAUAAGAACAACGAGACAGGUAUUUGGAAUAUGAUAGAUAUACUGAAAACUAAUUAUUUGAAUCCAUUAAGAGAAGGUAUAGACUUAUGCAGAGCACAUUGGAGAGUGAAGAAAAAAGAUUUGGAGCAACAGAAAAAGGAUUUAGCUAAAAAUCAAGAUUAUAGCAAGUUAAUGAAGGCUCAUAUGGAAGUUACAUUGACUGUUGGUGGCGAACAAUUACCAGUUAUGCCACUUCACGAAAAAAUUUCUGUCUGUUAUCAAGUGAUAAAUGGUUUAGAUGUAAUGGAAAGCAUUCUUAUACGAGUUAAUGAAUGUAUAGAUAUGAAUGAAAAAUUGGUGGAAAAAUCUGAUGAAUGUAUUACCUGA